AUGAAAGAAACUCACUCUUUGUCUCAUUCUGAUGCGCCAUCUUCACAACAGUCAUCCGGAUUAGCCAGGGUUAAUGAACAUCCCUCUUACGAACGUGCCAUUCCUCAAGAACUUCCAUCCCAUGCUACCGUCAUUGCCAUGAUAAUAUCUUGGUCUGCAAAGAAAUCCUUUGCCUUUGUCAAAGAAAUCAUAAUCCCGUGCUUUACUGUAAAUGUUUUAUUUCUUUGUCUAUUUGUACUGGGUACUUCCAAUCAUAACGAGUAUAUCAAAAGUGCUACCAAACCUUACUUGCGGAACCCCCCAUCUACAUAUACUGUAGUGUUUCUGAAGAUGUACUUGAGGGUUAAGUAUAUCAGCACAGAUAAAGAUAUCAAAAUCUUUGGAUGUUUGUGA